AUGUUGGUGCCAGACAAGUCACAGUCUCUUAAUUUAGAGUCUUAUGUUGCUCGAUUACGCAGAUAUUUUUCUGCCCUUCCUCCUACGGACCCUCGACACCAAAAUCCUCCUUCUAGUGUGCCAUCAGACCUUAAUUCUUGGAUGCAUGUUUUUAUUCGUGAUGAUUCUGUCAAAGGACCUCUUGUUUCUCCUUAUAAAGGACCUUUUCGUGUGAUUUCUCGCACGCCGAAGGUAUUCAAACUUGAAAUUAACGGUCGUUCGGAGACAUAUUUUGAGGUGUCCACAUCUUUUAAUGACCCCACUGCCACAACCAUCGUUGAACCUUCACAUGCACCUUUGACAACACCACUAUUUACACAUGCACCAUUAUCAACACCAACAUCGACAACACCACCUUCGUCGUCGCAGCCUGCCUCGAACAGACCUUAUGUUACGAGGUCAGGCAGAACUGUUCACUGGCCGGAAAAACUUUCCAAAACUAUUUAUAUUUGA